AUGUCUCCGUUUGUGCUGCACCUAGUUAGUUUUCUUUGGCUUCCUUUGAUUGUUUACAGUAACUCCAGCGAUAUGACGGGAUUGGAAAAAUGCACCGAGCUGCUUAACACGCAAAAGUUGGUCUACUGUUGUGGAAAGUCCUUUCUUGAUAAGUUCCUCUUCGUUGGCACCAAUUGUACGCCCUAUUGGGAUGACUUUGGUCCUUGCCGCUAUGAGUGUUUGUACAAGCAUUGGGACCUCCUUGAUGAGGAUAACAAGGUGAAGAGACCUGAGCUUUACAUGAUGAUAACCAGCCUGUACAGUCCUCUGAAUGGUUAUCAUAGUUAUGGAACCGCUUGGAAGGCAGCCCAUGAGAAAUGCGUGGCCUUGGGCUCCAGACACGCCGACUUCCUGCUGCUCUACUCCAAUCAGGUGGAGAAUCAAAUGGGCAUGGCGUCCUCCACCUGUUUACCCUAUGCGAUGCUCCAUGCCCAGUGCAUUAUGGUCUAUGUAACUGCCGAUUGUCCCGCCGAAAACUGGAUGGAGGAUUCCCAGUGCAGGAGUCUCAAGAAACUAUUGUCAAGUUGUACCAAAAAACUAGAUGAAAAGAAGAAAACCAUCGCUUUUGAGGAAAAACAACAAUUACCGGAGAAUGGAUGUAAACAUGUAGAUUCCAAGGGAUCCCAAGUGCUACUGGCCAGCUUUUUAACCCUGAUAAUCUCAACGUUUUUGUCCGAUUCCUAAUUCAGGUGUU